AUGCAGUCUGCUAGCAUAGCUACAGAGUUAAAAAUGACUAAAAAAGAUAAACGACCAAUUGACGAGCACAUUUAUGAAGCUUUGAAAAAAUUACAUUUUGACGAUUUCUUGCAUAUAGAGCCAAUUCAACAUCGACUUGAAAAUUCAAUGCUACUUUUUGUUGAACAAAAGCAUCCCAAACCUUAUGAAAUAUUAAAACAUAAAGAAUCUGAUAACAUGAUUGAUUACGAUUAUUCUGAAGAUUCAUCUACUUCACAAUCUUCAACUUUAACACAAAAUAGCCAACGAUUAAUUUCUAAACAAGAUAAAGAUUUAAAAGCUAAAGAUAAAGGUUUUCCAUCUAUAGCUUAUAAGAAUUUUAAAGCAGCUGCAGAAACUUGUUACUAUGAUGGUUACGGAGUAAAGAAGAGUAAAGAAGAAUACAACUGA